AUGACAUAUAGGCCACCCUAUACUACUCUGGCUAACAUUAAGCAAGACGUUGGUGAGUCACUACAAGAUUAUUUUAAACGUUUUAAUGCUGAAGUAACUAAAGUAGAGAAGGCCCCCGAGUCUUCGUUAGUUUGUAUGCUGAUAACAGGUGUCUUGCCAAGAACCGAUUUCUGGAAGGAGUUGCAGGCUCAAAGGCAUGAAUUGUUAGUCGAGUUCUUCGCUAUGGUUGAGCCGCAUAAAAGGAUUGAAAAUUCUCUGGCCGAGCUGGAGAAAGGAAAGGAUAAACGGGAGUCACCUAUACCGCGAUCAAGAUCCCGCAGUUCCAGAGGGAAAAAUUCCAAAGGGAGAAGCCCUAGAAGACGCAGUCCCCAAAGACAGCUGAGUACAAAGUUGGCCAAAUCCCCUCCAAAGAAAGAGUCGUCUCCUAAGAGAAAAGGAGGCCCACAUUUUGUGAACUAUACAGAAUUAGCAGUCCCGCGGGACCACAUAUACGCGAUUGAGGAGAAGAAUGGAGUCUUCAAAAAGCCUCCCCCAAUAAGAGGAAAUCGCGACAAGAGAGAACCAAAGAAAUUAUGUAAGUAUCAUAAGGAUAUUGGCCAUACCACUCUGGAAUGUUGGUUUUUGCAGGAUGAGAUCGAGGAACUAAUCAGACGAGGGAAAUUUGGCAAGUACAAGAAAGAUGAGUAA